AUUUGACAGCGCAAUCGACAAAACUUCGGUUAUCAAUGUCAGUUAGUUGGUUUGGAAAAAUUUUACGAUUAUUUUGAUGAGAUGACGACUCAUUUGGGGGAUGUUUUGAGGAAGUUGGGUUGGAGCGAUGGCUUUCAAAUACCCAUCGCGAAUGUGGAAAAUAAAGCCUUGGAGGAGGAGUUGGCGAUACUUACUUUGAAGAAAAGUAAGAUGAGAACUUCGCUGGACAUUGUGUCCGGGAGAUUGGAAGCACUGAAAGACCAUUUCAAGUUCGUCAAUCAGGAAAAUGAUCAAACUCAGAAACUGAUAACGGCUCACAAGCAACAACUGGAAAAUGUAGAAAAUCAAUAUCACGUAAUAAAAUCCGAGAAAGCAAACACUGUACACGCAAUACAUGAAAUCACUGAUCGGCUGAAAGCUUCUGAAGAAAGGCUGAAUACCAAAAAGAUCAGCCUGCAAAAAGGCGUUACAAAGGCGGAACAUCUGAAAACAGAGAUGGAUUGGGACGCUGAAGCACUGAAAGCUUGGGAGGAAUCCCUGAAGAAACGAGACGAAGAUAUCGAGUUACUGAAAAAGUUUUCGAAAGAGGACGAAAGGCGGUAUAACGAGCUUGAAGCCAAGAGACAGCAUCUGCAGACGGAAGUAGCUGCUAAAAGGGGGAAGGUUGCUAAAAUUGCUGCCACCUUCAAUAACUAUGAAUUAGUUAUUGAAAGAUCAGGAAAAGUAUUGAAACAGCUGAUGACAGAAAGGGACGCCUUGAUAACACAGUGGAAAGACACCGUAAAAAUGUUACAGCAACGUGAUAACGACAUAAUGAAAACUCAAGAGCAAAUGUCUACGGUCCAAGAGAUGAUCCAAAAACAGCAAGAGAAACUUUCAGAAGAAGAUAUAUUUUUGAAAAACGAACAGCGGAACAAUCACGAAAUCAAAUUAGACAUUCAAAAUCUGAACGCCGUGAACUCACGAAUGAGAAGGGAUUACCACGAGCUCGUUCAACACACUUUACUAAUUAACGGAGAGCUUCAUGCCUUGAAGCGCCAAGUAGCCGCAUCUUCCCUCGAUUUGGAAAACGAGAGAAUCAGAUCUAAACGCCUGGACCAAACGUUUGCAGACAAGGAAAUACUUUGCGAUAAAUACCGACAAGACAUUGAGAAUCUAGAAAAAAAGUUUGCGGAAGUUAAAGGCUGCACCAUGUCUUCGGAGGAGAGAAUUAAAAGAAUAGAAAAGCUCAUAAAUUACGAAGAGAGGUUGUACGAUAUCUACAUAUCGGACACGGAGAAAAUCAACAGUUCCAUGUAUCGGAUCGACAAAUUCUUGAAAGACCAGAAAUCCAUCGGAAAGAUUCUGGAGAUAGACCUGAAUAAUGCCAAUUGUAAUUGUGCACAGCUGAGGAAACAUAUCCAGUCGAAGAAGAAAGAUUUGGAAAAAAUCAAGGAGGUCGUUUAUGAUAUGGAAUAUCGAAUUGACGAUACCGAAAAAAAGCUGUAUACGCUCUUGGACGAAUCUAAGAAGGACGACUUGACCGACGAAAACGAGAAAAAGAUAUUAGAACUUGAGAAGGUCUUAGCAAACCAUAAAGAUGUACAACAUGCGCUUCAAAAUCAGGUCGAUCGCCUGCAAGAAGAAAUGAGGCGACUCACACUCGUCAUAGCUACUGACAAAGAGUUGGUGGCGAUUUUACAAAAUAAAUGCGAAAACCAUUUGUUGGUCUACGAAAUAGGCCAAAAACAAAUCGCCGCGGCUAAGAAAGCGACUCAGGAGAAACAGGUGGAAGAAAACAUGGUGAGGUUGCGCGUCCAUCAUAUCGAAAUGGAGAAGAAGAAGGAAGAAAAGGAAAUUUUUACUUUGGAAAAGCUGAGACUGAAUCUCGACCAAGUGACGAAAGAAAGGCAGCUAGAGAUAAACACCCAGAAGACCAUAACCCAAAUAAAAAAACGAAGCCUUGAAGAGGAUCGGGGCAGGCUUCGUGCAGACAUUGCCCUCCGCCGUCUGAAAAUAGAACAAAUCAAGCAGAAAUACCAUGUGGCCUUGGGAGGUUUAGGAAAUGACGAAAACGGCCAACCACUUUCUUUGACGCAUUUCAAAAUAAAAAACGCUCAAGAAAAAUUUAUUCUGCAACAGGAAGGUGAUGAACUGGAUCAGAAAAUUAAAACGGCAGAAAAAGACAUUAUUGCAAUGGAAAAUACUCUGAAAGUUUUUAAUUUAACCAACGCAUCAUUCAAGAAUAGUUUAGCCCCAGUCAAAGAAGAAGAUGAAGAAGUUAAAGAAAUGAAAAUUCUCAAUAUACAAUUCAGGGAAAUAAAUAAUACACUCAAAAGUCACAAGAAUGAAUUAGCAGUCAAAGAAAAAGAACUGGAAGACUUGAAAUGCCAACUGCAAGAAAUUCAAACGAUCAUAGAUGAGCGUAACGAAACAGUCACGAAUCUAGAAGAAGAAAUUAAUUUAGUGAGGAAGCAAGAAUUUGAUAAAGCAGAUAAAUUGAAAAGAGUCGAGAUUCAGCUAAGGAAAUUGAUGAAGAAGGUCAAGAAUAAAGAUAUAUCCAAAUAUAAUAGAGAUUUUGAGAUCAGACAGCUACAGGACGUGAACAAGAGUGUAAUAAAGAGAAUCACAGAACUUGCUGCAUCACAUCAGGAAAUGUCUCCGCUAAUCAAUCGAUACAUAAUGGAGUACAACAUUCAAAUACCGGAAAGCCGAAUAACUCCAAGUACAUAUUCGUCGUUCUCUAGCUCUCGUUCAUUUUCAACAGCUCAAAACACGGAAAGAUCUGACAAGUCUCAUAAAGAAUCGAUUCCAGUGAAUAAAGUUCAGCUGUCAUUUGAUUUUUAGUUUAUUAUAUUUGUCGUACCUUAUUUCAUACAUUUUUUUUUUCUAUGUGUAACAAAGAAAACAUGAUAUAAUACACACCUGAUAUACAUAUAUACCAAGUGUUCAUUAAAAUGAAAAUAUGAA